UAUGGGUAUAUUCUAUUACUCUAUCUUCUUCUGCACGACGCAGAUUAUGAUUGCUAACAGGACUUUAUUGGAUCAUCAGGAAUCUAGCCUUUAUCGAGCAGCAGGAGAAACGAGCGGCCGAUCAAUUCACAACAAAAUCCGAUAGCACUGCCGCUGAUAACGCGAUGGCGGUUGUAUCAAAGCUAGCAAGCGAGCUAUCGAAGCUCAAAGCGCAGAUACACAGUGUUCGAAAAGACAUCAAACAACUGCAUAAGGAAAAUAGACAGACUACGUCGCAGUUGAUUUCACUGAUCCAGGAGCACAAGCAUCGACGGGCUGAUAUUCUUUCAGAUGACACGCAGAGACUUAUAAAGUCAUAUCGAGAAGCUGUAUCGGUCACAGAACAAAAGAUCGAAACUCUCAAGCCAGUGUUAUUGGGACUAAUUAUGGGCAGCGGCCUGAACUGGUCUACAGAUGAAAGCCUGCGCGAGAUCGUACUAGAGUGUAGUUCAAGUCGAAGCGGAAACUCAGACAGCUCGGAUGAUGACGAUGGCUCGUUUGAUUACGAUCCAGGAGAGUAGCACACAAGCUUAAAUGCUGUUUCUAGUUUUGGAAUAAUGGAAU